AUGAGCCGUCACACACAAUCCACUUACGGCGACGAGCCGCCUGCCUACUUGGACCACGAAGCGUCAUACCUCUCCGACAACGAGUCACCCACCGGCGGGUCGCGACAGAAUGGCGUGACGAUGCGCCUGCUCCCAACCAGCGGUGAUGUUGACGGGGAUCUGAGUGGCAGCCCUCGAGCGCCCUCGCCAUCGCAGUAUCAGCCAGCCUAUUCUGAUUCUACUCCGACGGGACAAGUUCCUGCAUACGACAAUCGGUAUUACCAUGUUCCCAGCGCAACUUCACCAUCGCGUCCACCAUCCAGCAUUGGGAAUGCCCCCAGCAUCCCAGCACCUACCGCCAGUUUGGCAGAUACAUCGGUUUAUCCGUCGAUUCCCCCACGAACGGGAUCACCUACCCGUCCUUGGAGCCCUGGCCAUGUCCGCCCACCUUCUGUCUCGAGUGUUGGAUACGAGCGCGCCGAUAUCAAUGGUAGCCCACGCCCUGGAACACCCAGUUCAAGAUACGGAGGAAGUCCCAGGAGACCUUUGCCUCCGGCUCCUCUGUUCUCGGGACCGGCACCUUCGUCGGGUGCAGACUCCAGUAUCGACAUUGGUGAUGGACUUACGGGAGCAGACCCGUUCGGUGGGGGUGGCCGGACCAUUAACCACACAUCUCGCGGCAGUGUCCGAUCAUUCAUGAGCGAGUCGACCGUGAUGGGUGAUGAAAAGGACGAAAUGGCCAAAGUCGACUUGGAAGAUGACGACGACGACGAGGUGAGCAUGAUCGAUCCAAAUCUGCACUAUGGACCUGCUCCCGAUAAACAAGGCCGCCGAGGUGUUCGCGCUACUCAGAUGGCCAAGAAGGAGGUUCAGCUCAUCAACGGUGAGCUGAUCCUGGAGUGCAAAAUUCCUACUAUUCUGCAUAGUUUCCUGCCUCGCCGCGAUGAGCGCGAAUUUACUCACAUGCGGUACACGGCCGUGACCUCCGACCCCGAUGAAUUCACAUCUCGGGGUUACAAGCUGCGCCAGCAAAUUGGUAGCACUACUCGUGAGACCGAGCUGUUCAUUUGCGUGACGAUGUACAACGAAGAUGAGAUCGGCUUCACCCGAACUAUGCACGGUAUCAUGCGCAACAUCACCCAUUUUUGUUCGCGUACCAAGUCUCGUACCUGGGGCAAGGACGGAUGGAAGAAAAUUGUGGUGUGUAUUAUUUCCGAUGGUCGGAAAAAGGUGCACCCACGGACCUUGAACGCAUUGGCCGCCCUGGGUGUUUAUCAAGAGGGCAUUGCGAAGAACAUUGUCAACCAGAAGGAAGUGCAAGCCCAUGUGUACGAGUACACAACGCAAGUGUCGCUCGACUCGGACCUGAAAUUUAAGGGUGCCGAGAAGGGUAUCAUGCCUUGUCAGGUUAUCUUCUGUCUGAAGGAGCACAACCAGAAGAAACUCAACUCUCACCGAUGGUUCUUCAAUGCCUUUGGUCGUGCCUUGCAGCCGAAUAUCUGUAUCCUUCUUGAUGUCGGUACGAAGCCUGAGCCAACCGCCUUGUAUCACUUAUGGAAGGCAUUCGACCAAGACUCGAAUGUUGCCGGAGCUGCCGGAGAAAUCAAGGCUGGUAAGGGUAAGGGCAUGCUGGGUCUCCUCAACCCACUCGUUGCCAGUCAGAACUUCGAGUAUAAGAUGUCCAACAUUCUAGACAAGCCCCUGGAGUCUGUUUUCGGUUACAUUACUGUGCUUCCAGGUGCACUGAGUGCCUACCGCUUUUUCGCCCUCCAGAACGACGCCGAUGGUCAUGGCCCACUGAAUCAAUACUUCAAGGGUGAGACACUACACGGCCAGGAUGCGGACGUGUUCACGGCCAACAUGUACCUGGCCGAGGAUCGUAUUCUCUGCUGGGAGCUGGUCGCCAAGCGAGAAGAGAGAUGGGUGCUCAAGUUUGUCAAGAGUGCCGUUGGCGAGACUGAUGUGCCGGAUUCGGUGCCUGAGUUUAUCUCACAGCGUCGUCGUUGGCUGAACGGUGCUUUCUUCGCCGCUGUGUACUCGAUUUUCAAUGCUAAGCAGAUCUGGAAGACGGAUCACUCGCUGGCAAGGAAGAUCUUGUUGCAUAUUGAGUUUGUGUAUCAGUUCUUCAACUUGCUGUUUACUUACUUUGGUCUGGCGAACUUCUAUCUUGCUUUCUACUUCAUCGCAGGUUCGCUCACUGAUAAGAAACUUGAUCCGUUUGGUCACAAUAUGGGCAAGUACAUCUUUAUUGUGCUGCGCUAUGCCUGUGUUUUGGUUAUGUGUCUGCAGUUUAUCAUCUCUCUGGGUAAUCGUCCUCAAGGUGCGAAAAAUAUGUACCUCUCCGGCAUUAUCGUUUACGCCAUCAUCAUGUUCUACACCGUCUUCUGCGCCCUCUACCUGGUCGUCAAAGAGCUCAUGGCACGCGCUGGUGUUGGCGGUGACGAAUUGGACGUCAGUAACUCGCUCCUCGUCAACAUCGUCAUGUCCAUGUUGUCCACGGUCGGCCUUUACUUCUAUACCUCGUUCCUGUACCUUGACCCGUGGCACAUGUUCACCUCGUCCGCGCAAUACUUCUUGCUCCUGCCCAGCUACAUCUGCACGUUGCAGGUAUACGCCUUCUGUAACACGCACGACGUGACAUGGGGUACCAAGGGCGACAACGUCAUCAACACUGACCUCGGUGCUGCUAAGGUCAUCAACGGGUCAACAGUCGUCGUUGAAAUGCCCUCUGAGCAACUCGACAUUGACAGCGGGUACGACGCUGCUCUGCGCAAUCUCCGCGAUCGCCUCGAAGUCCCCGAGACGCCUGCCUCAGAGGCUCAGAUGCAAGAGGACUACUACCGGGCUGUGCGUACAUACAUGGUUUCCGUCUGGAUGGUCGCCAACGUCAUUCUUGGUAUGGCCGUUUCCGAGGUCUACGGCGUGGACUCGGGCGGUACGAACAUCUAUCUGGCUAUCGUCCUGUGGGCCGUUGCUGUCUUGGCCGCUGUGCGUGCCGUCGGCUCAACGAUCUACGCUAUCCUGAACCUCGUCCACAAGAUCGUCGAAGGAAAGACCAAAUUUGAUGCGGGCAAUAUGUCCAACUUUGCCCCCAGUUCUUUCGGUGGGAGCAGUGUUAGUGGGAGCUCGGAAGGCAGUGGUAGUUCAAAGCCUAUCCGGUACAGUGGUGGACCUAGUGUCAAGGACCGCAUUGCAGAGGCUAGAUGGGCCGCUGGCCGGACUUUGGGCAAGGCCAUGUUCUGGCGAAAAUAG